AUGGGGUCCAAAGGAGUGGAAGCUGCUAGAUGUGGCUGGAGAGGUGGCAAGACAAGACGGCAAAGAGUGGCCACCAGCAGUGAUUAUUUCCGAUCUAAGCUGGGUGGCACGUGGGCCAACGGCAGUCCGAGAAACCCAGCCAAGUCUCGGCUCCAGUGGACUCCGGAAAUGCCAGUGGUUCUCAAACUCCGUCAUACAUCUGAAUCACUACCCUUAGCACAUAUCCGCAGCCGCACCCACACCAGAUCCCAGGAGGCUGAGACCCAGCUGUGCCCUGGCCUCGCCCAUCUCGGAAAGGCCACGGCCCGGGGCGUCCGUUUCCCUCCUCCCUCCAGCCGAACUUUCGCGCCUCCCAGAGGGCGGGGGCUGCCGCCACCUUUCCGGAGAACGCGGUCCAGGCCCUCCCCCCCUCUCCGCUUCUGGCCUUCCGCCUCCGGCGCCCCGGGAGCCGGGGCCGGCGCGGGGCAGCUGGGCGCGAGCUCUUCGGAGGGGCUGCUGGACCCCGUUUACCCCCGCACCCACGCAGCGCUGCUGAAAGUGGCGCAGAUGGUCUCGCUGCUGAUUGCCUUCAUCUGCGUGAGGAGCUCUCUGUGGACCAGCUACAGUGCCUACAGCUACUUUGAAGUGGUCACCAUUUGCAACUUGAUCAUGAUUCUCGCCUUUUACCUGGUCCACCUCUUCCGCCUGUACCGCGUGCUCACCUGUAUCAGCUGGCCCCUGUCGGAACUCCUGCACUAUUUAAUCGGUACCCUGCUUCUCCUAAUCGCGUCCAUCGUGGCAGCUUCCAAGAGUUACAACCAGAGCCGACUGGUGGCUGGAGCGAUCUUCGGUUUCCUGGCCACCUUCCUCUGCCUGGCGAGCGUGUGGCUGUCCUACAAGAUCUCGUGCGUGACCCAGUCAACAGUGGUUUCUGAACUGCAGCCUGUGAACUCUCACAGGUGCUCCGAGGAGCUCACAGAUGUCGAUUUUAUGUGCAAAAUAUAUGUUAACAUCUUAAAACGCACACUCUUCUGUUAUCAGUGGCAAACACUGAACGGUGGGAACCCCUGGGCCGGCCGUGCUCCAGCACAGGCUUCCUGGCCUCAUGCAGCCCUUGGGGAAGGCUGGCCUUGCACCUGGGCUGGUCCAGGGAGACGCCAGGAGUGGGAGAUUGAGAAAGGGGAUUUCUCUGCUUUAAAAAAGAAAAAAAAAUGUCAGGCACCCCCUGCACUGAAGGGAGCUGCCAGGCUGCCCACGAGGCACCAGACAAACGGACACAGCGACCGGCCCAGGCUGGAGCGGGCAGGACACCGGGAGAAACUUCCUCGGGAGACCGCGGCCAAACAAAACUUGCGUGGGGCUGGCUGCGGCCUGCGGGCCCCAGGUUUGCUACCCCGCCCCGGGGCGGCGGUGCUAGGGCGGGUGGGCGCGGGUGGGGGCGGGGGGGAGACGCAGGAAGUCAGCUGCUUCCUCCCGACCGCUGGGCGGGGGCGGGGGCGGGUCCCGGUCCCUCCCCGGGGAGCGGGAGCCGGGUCCCCAGCCCGAGGCGCGCUGCCCGGCUCUGCCGCGGCUCCCCGGGGGCUCGGCCUGCCUUUCUACGGGAAACUCACCGGGCCCCGCAGGUGGCCGCCCGCGCCCGCAGCGCCGCCUUUUGGUGGCCGCGGGGAGCCCAGUUCGUCCGACUCCAGGGUUCGGGAACAGAAGCACAACUUGCACGUUUUAUUUGGACUUCAGGCGCUCAGAUGA